AUGUCUGAAGCAGAUCCCGCACCAAAAGAACUGUUACAGAGGUAUGUUUCCUGUGGAUGCCAAGGGCCCUGCAAAUCGAAGCGAUGUAACUGCCGAAAAGCCGGUCUAAAGUGCAACCCUGCUUGCAAAGUAUGCCGCGGAAAAUCGUGCAACAACUCAAAGAGAUGGACUGCUACAGAACACCAUGAUAGCGAAACUCCGACUACUACAGAUGCAUGUGAGGAGGACGGUGGACGGGUCUCUUUCACUAAGUGGCCAGAAGCAAUUCCAGUGCCGAAUCAAGAAACACAGACAGUAGCACUAGCUCUCUUAGACUAUGUAUUUUCAAGAUUUGGAGUUUAUAUGAAGCUACAGUUGGAUCGAGGCCGAAACAUUGAGGUUUUUACGCAACUCAUGGAGAAGCUUGGAAUGUGA